CUUUUAGUUUUCCAUUAGCCAGAAAUCGUAGUUGACAUUCUACGUUGAAAACAAAUUUUCUUUUCUUUUCGUUCCCACCGAGUCAGCACCGGGGCUUGGAAUAUUCUUUGAACGCUUUUCUUGUUUUUCACGCUCCUCGAUUCGAGCAGAACAAUUUUUACUCGAAACAGACCAAAUUUUCAUGGGCAAUUAUCAUUUAAAUUGAUCGAAAUUUCCCUGUUUUUUAUUGAAAGAGAAAGAAUCUUUAGAUUUUUUCAAAAUCGUGUGCGCGUGUGUUUGUUCAAUAAUUUGCUCGGCAGAGUGACAAGUUUUCGACAAAGUACGUGAGCAAAUCACGAAUAAUUUAUUAACGUUGUGCUUCCACUGUAAAGAACGGUGAAAACGAGAAAAAUAAUGGCAAAGGAAACUUGACGCUUGACCGCCGUUUGCGGAGGCUAUUUUCACGAAUUUUUUAAACUCGCGCAAUUAGAAUUGAUUUUUCGAUCGUAAAAUUUAUUUUUUAGCCUCAGUAGGUGUUUAAAAAACUGUAAAAUUGAAUAAUGUCAUUAUCUCUGCGAAUAGAAUCAUGACGAAAACAAAACACAAGCAGACUUGAAAGAGUUUAUAAAAAUGCACGAUUUCGUAGUCAAAAAAAUUCGUUAAAAUUCGCCUCCUAAAUGAAUUCGGAGUCUCGAAUUCGUCGAGGUUCGUAUACCUGUCGAUAGUGCCAUAAUUAUUGGCCCGUCUAAGUUCAAUGACCGUUGAAAUUUUGACGAAGAAAAGUGUCCACAGAAUCUUCCAAGGCGACGAUAAAAAAAUAGAAAACACUUUGUUUUGAAAUGAAAUCGUAUUGACACUGUGACAAAGCUUUAAUAACACUGUCUUGUUCGGCUGAUAGACCAUAGCUCUCUUCGUAUUAGAAACGAACGAUAGCGAUUUAAUUAGAAAAGUGAGUUGUUCUCUGUUCGACAGCAUGCUCGAUUGAUCGUUGAAAAUGUCGAAAGGAAGGAAAGCAGAGGGGUAAAAAAUAAAAAGAAAAGAGAUUGUGGGGGGAUGAUAAAAUGUUUGACAAUGUUGUUUCGUUGCAAAAGGAUGAGCUUGGUAUUUGGCCCGGACAAUGAUCGGUUCGAUGGAACGAGACGGGGGAUUUGCGCGAAUAUACAAAGAGAAUCUGCACCGACUUUCAGAAAAUUCGGGACCAAGUUAGUCAAGUCUUUCGUGCCGAAAGUACACACGAUGUUCAAUCUUUAUCAAAAUAUGAAUAAGAAGGGCGACGAGGGCGAUGGAGGCCGUCGCGAGUCGGACGUCACCGGCCACGACAGAUUCUGUCAGGACCGACCAAGGUCACGACGAAAACGAAGAACUUUCUCACGAAGGACACAGAGUGCCAUUGAACUCGACUCCGAAGCCAUGACCACCGCCAGGGCCAUCUUACGCAGAGGACGAAGCGCCAGCAUCGAGGACGAGGAGAGCGAAGACGACAAGGGAUCACAACUUACCAAUAAAAUUGACAGCUUGGCCAAAAUUCUCUUCAAUCGCGUAUCUGUCGCUAAAGCUUGCCGGGAAAAUGAAACUAGAAAUAGGGGACACCAGUACACAGCACUGGGCAACGGACCACCCGCUUGCGAGGACGUCGGCGAAUACAUGGAAAUGGAAAAAAGAACCAGGGAUCGUGCACUGUCUAUUUGUCAAUCUUACAUUAAAGUUAAACCUCGUUACAGUCUUAUCGAACAACUCAACAAUGUGGGCUCUCGAGUCGACAAAUACUGGUUCGCGGUACACGACACAAUGUUGAAAACCGACAGACUUUUGACUCUGGUCCCAUUGAACAGAAAUUGUUCACUAAGCGUUUGUCCAACGACGAGAGACACCCUCAACGAUCUUUUCCUGGCUCUUCAGCAUCCUUACAUUUGUCCAGUUUUGGAUCUCGAGUUUAUCGAUUACAAGGAACAAAAUUAUGCUAUUCUCGUACAGCCGAUGAACCAGGGGAGCUUGAAAGAUCUUAUUUACGGGAUUGAAAGAAAUUGUUGGAACGAAGACUGGGGUCAAAAGUACGCAGCCCGUGGAAGAGGUCUCCCGAUUCCCCAGAUCCAGCAAAUGGGUCGACAGAUUUUGGAAGCUCUGGUGUUCCUGAAAGAUCGUGGUUUCCCAACGGUUACGCAUUUGCAUUCGGGCAACGUCGUGGUACAAAAUGGCGUUGCACGUUUGGCUGGAUUGGAAAACUCUCUGCUGGGUUUCACAAGCCGUAUACACCCGGUCGUGUCGUCCCGGACGUCCCAUGGCGCCACGAUCGAUAGCAUUUGCUUUGGCCACAUGCUGUUCGAAAUGUGCGCUGGCUAUGAAUUGUGUUCCUUCAAACCUUCUUCGAUGCACCUCAACGACCUCAAAAUGUAUCCUCAGGUCGCAAAUCUGAUGAAUGUGAUAUUCACCAAAGUCAACGGUCGUUAUCCGACCGUGGAAGAGCUUCUACUUCACGAUAUAUUUAGAAAUAUCGAUCUACGAGAAAUGCGGAGCGCGCCAGUCACAAUAUUUCGUCCAACUUUAACGCCAUCCAUUAUUAAUCUGCUCGAUGGACUCAAGAGGCACAAUUCUGGAAAAAGACACGGCCAAUCGCCACGAUCAAAGUUUCAUUGACACCAAUAUAUUGGACAUCGGAAGUCGACACGGAGGACAUGAUAUCUUUGGAGAGUCCACAAAACGAGCGAGGGGAGGAUUCGUUAUUAACUGAAAUUUACAACGAGCUUUCAAACACAACCGUUUAAAAUGGGAUCAAUUUUUUCUUCCAGAGACAAUUAGCUUUAAUUCGUACCUUUAUUUACUAAGUGCCAAGAAAAAGUAAAGCUAUAUAUAUAUAUGAAGUGGGAACGAGUUGAUAAAUCAAUCGGAAUGAGCGCGGGUUGGGAAAGAAGAUAAAUUGCGAGUAGCAGGUUCCUGCCUAAUCACUGAAAUUUCACGAAUCUUUCACUUUUUCGAUAAAUAAAUCAAAUACGCCAAUUGUCUAUUCAUUUUUCUAGCAAUAAAACAACACAAAACGAUCUUCAA